GUGUUCAGUGCAGACUGCAGUCAGUUGUCGUUGUCUGCUGAUUGGUGCGUCGUCUCACGGUGUCGUGAACUGACAACAACGCAUGCAUGCCUCAUUCGAAACUGGAUUAUUCGUGCUAUAGUGCAUCAGUCCGCGGCGGCAGUAGUAUGCGCGUGAACCUCAUCAUAAUCUGCAGCAAUAGUAGCAGCGGGACGACGUCUUCGCCGCAGAGGCGACGGCAGUGUUAGCAGGUAGCGGAGAUGAUGUCCACCGGCAUCGUCGAACACCAGCCGGAUCCUCGUCCUCGCCGUCGCUAGUCUCUGUACCGGCGCGGCGACCGAUGCAGCUAUGGCAAUCUCGAGCUGGAUGAUCUGGAACCGCAGCCUUCGCUCGAACACUCCACACCGGCGUCACAGGCACGAUCAGGAGGAAAACUGCGUGGAGUUCGAUCUGUCAAAAGAUUUCAAGGAGAACAUCACAGAGGCUUUAUCUAACCUGUGCCAGAGACAUGGGGUAUCCGACGCUAAGAAAUUGGCAUACCUUAAUGCUAUUGUCAAACUCGUUACUGAGACUGAAGUUCCGGAAUAUGGAUACAGUGCAGAUGAAUUAUAUUGCUGUCUACGUGUGGGACUGGUUCACCAAGCGACACAAGUUAGAGCAGCUGCACUCAGGGCAAUACGUUACAUGCUCAAAAAGGAGCAGGAUGUAGUAGCAAUCAAUAGACUGCAGUAUCCAUAUUUCAUUGCUCGUAGUAUGGAUAUUAAUAUCCGCAAUGAAAUGGAACGGAUACAAGCAUUAAGACUUCUCAGGAGAAUACUCGUCCUCGCUCCAAAACAUUUUAGUCCAACAUUAGCCAGAUCACUUAUCAGCAUUACUCGUGGAGGUAUGGAAGAAAAAGAUCGAGCGUUUCGAGUAUUCCUAGCAGUGCUUUGCGAACUGGGUGUUCUAAAUUCAAAUGUACUGAUCAGCUGCGGUGGAGUAGGCACUUUGGCUCGUGCUGCCACAAGCGGCCAGAGUCCCGCCAUCACCGAAGCAGUGGUCGGCGUACUGCUGCGAUUGCUCUGCAAUCCGGAAACGCGGACCAGCGUGUCCUUAUUGUGCCUCGCUGCACCUUACUGCGAACUCGAAUCCGUGGGCCUCGAGCGAUCAAAUGAGGACUGGGAUCAGCGAUUCGCAGCCAGCAAACAUGCUCUAUUAAGCGUGCUCAGAUCUUAUUCGGGUGUUAUACACUUUUGCCAUCCAAACGAGAACUCGGGUCUCAAGGCCAUUUCGGAUAUUCUGUACGUCGAGCAAUUAGAGGUGAGAGGUGCCGUUUUAGAGCUACUUUAUGAAUUAUUGGGAUUGCCUUUGCCAACGUGGACAGAUGAGCCUGACGUAGCGCUUGCGGCUGUCGAUCCAAGUCGCUUUCAAAACUCGUGGAAACUGUCAGAAGGAUUUGUCGCGGCCGAGGGUAGGACCAUUCUGCCUUCCUUGUCAUCACACUGUCCAAAUAUUACGGAAUUGCAUCUAGGGUUAUUAGUGUACAUUUUACUGGAAUGCGGUUUACACAGAGCGCUAGCUGAGACUAUUGUCUCGUCUGACACUUUCAUUUCCGUCAGAGCAGCCGUGUUACUCGGCGCAUUGUUGCAUUUAGCUCACUCGCUUCUACCACCUGAGGUAUGCGACAUGACACCACCACUGCCAAACCUACUGGAGCAAGCUAGCGUCGGUCGUCACCAGGCGCUUGCCGCCGUGGCAAUUUUGGGACGGAUGCACUCGUUGAUGCGCCGCAAACCAGCGCCGGCUAGUCUUUUUAUGGAUCGGCUCCUGCAGGCGGGAGCUUGGCUUCGGCCAACCAUGCCGCAUAAUUUGCGCCGACAGUCCUCGAUCCGGAAUUGGUUGCGCCGCGAGUCACCGAUGCAGCAGUUGCUUAAGGAUUCGCAAGUCCUCACUAAUAAGGACGCGCUCGCUUGGAACUGGGCCGCUGUGAGGUCUAUACUUAGGUCCCAGGACAAUGCGUUUAGUUUGUUACAUGAUUCGGACCACCGAAUGUUUAUCAAGAAACUCGUCAAAUAUUUUAAGCCAUCAUCAAAUCAGUACAGCCGAAUCGAGCUCUCCACGAAUGCUUUGAUGGCUCGUGAAACAACAUUAGCAGGAUGUGAGCUGAUUAACUUGCUCCUCGAUAUUCACGAACCGGAUGGUACGCGUUUUCUAAACGAAUUAAUUGCUGACAUUGCUGAUCAGAUGACAUCGAUACGUUUAGCUCAGUCAGCCCACGACUGUCUGUUUUCACCGCGACAUGUUUCCACCACUUGCUGCCAGAAGUACUUCUUAUUUAUUGGUCAGCUUAGCCAUUCGUUGCGUGGAAUCGCCACACUCCGUACAUUCAAUCUUCUCGAGAAACUCCAGGAUCUCGCUGUGACUACGAAACACGAUUGCUACGUAAAACUAAUUAUUUCAAGUCUAGACUACAUGCGAGACGGUCCGAAUCGACAAGUCAUGACCAAAGUAAUUCAAAAUUCGACUCUGGAGAGCACGAGAAUGUACGCUACGCAAUUUCUCAGAAUUAUUCUGAGGGCUAAAAUGGUCGACGCACAUCAGUGGGCCAUCGGGCUGCUGCUCAAUAAGCUCAGCGACAGCAGCAGAGUCGUCGCGCUCGCGGCUCUUGAGGCGCUUCAUGAAGCCUGCGAAGAACCUGAGUAUCUCGAAGUUGUGCUCCAGAAAUCAGAGGAUAAAUGGUCAAGUAAUUGGGAUCAAUGGCUGCACAAUCUUGGCGAUAAAGGCCACCUCUUGAAAAUCCGCUUGUACUCUUUGCGAUCAUCUUUCGGAAAUCUUCCAUCAGCUGCAGAAGAAUUAGAGAGAUGGAUCAAACCUAGUGGGCUGGCAGAGCGUUAUGCGGGCCUCGUCGAGGGUGAGAUUCACGAUUCACUAACGCGUCGACAGCGGGGUGAAAAUGGCUGUUAUAUUCGGCGCAGUAAUGGUAAUCCCGUGAUGCCUAAGGACGUCUUCGUACCGCCUCACAUGAUUGGUCAACUUGUACAGCAUGAUCAUGGAAUGCAGCUACUGUUGCGUAGGAAUGUGCUGCAAAGGUUCGCCCGUAUUGUGCAGCGAUUUAGGAUGGAAUGCGUCAGCAACGGUUCUGGUGGUCAGAGCCGAGAAGAUAGAGCUGCUAAGGAGGAUGGUAAAGUUGACGAGAAAAAGAACGACGCAGAAGGUGGGAUUAGCAGGCUGGAGACUAUCCUGGAUUCAGAAAUUGCUGAUAAAGCAGAUAUGCACACGCCGCUGAAGUGCGAACCGAUGGUCGAAGUUAGGAGAAAACUUAGUCAAGAUGAUUCAAGAAGGACGACACCUGAGAGAAGCUGGAGAGGUGAACUCGAUAUGCGUGAAGAGUACGCUUGUGGUUUAGAAGGUCGGAUUCUUAAAGUAAAAUCAGCAUUAUGGGCACUUGGCCAUGUGGGUACCUCAGCGCUGGGUGUUGAGCAGCUGACUAACCUGGGCAUAAUCGAAUUACUUACGUCCAUGGCCGAAUCCAGUCCUCACUACUCGGUUCGCGCGACUGCCAUGUACGCUCUCAGUUUAGUGAGCACAAGCCGCGCCGGCGCGGAUAUUCUCACCUGUUAUAACUGGCCUUGCGUUCGCUACAAGCGUGGUGCUUAUUGGCCGGUUGUCCAGCCAUCGUCCACAAGUAGCUCUAUGUCUGGCAGCAGUCAACAACAGUCAGCCAGUCCAGUCUCAGUUCAACGACACCACCGUAGUCUCAGUGAUGGAAAGCCUGAGCUGCCCCCUGAGCCGGUGCUACGCCGACAACGGAACAGGUCGGAAAGUGCGGCGACAGAUAUUGAACCAAGGAGAUACAUGUUGCCUGAGAGAGGAGAGACACCUAGUCCAUUGUCUAGUGCGCAGAGGCUCAGUCAACAGGAUGCAGAGGGAUAUGCAAAAUUGAGGAGUUUACAACGGCAUCGUCGGCCCAGUUACUCGCACAGUAGUCUUGAGAUGUAUAGUUUGGAUGGAAGACUGUCUUUGCAAAGCUUAUCAGAACUUGAGUCGUCCCGUAGCUGGAUUGCGGAAAUUGCUGCAACACCGACACAGCAACCUACUGUCACAACACCGGAAGAAAGCAGCAGUGAUUCGAAUCCACGCUAUAUGGGUAUUAGUCUACCACGGAAGCUUCAUGCGAUAUUCCCCGAAGCUACACCAUCUGAGAUACUCCGUGAUAAAGUUAAUAAAUCUAGACCGGUUUUCGAGUCUAAACGCACUCAGAAUACAAGCGAAUCAUCGAUUCUGCAGGAAGAUACGAGAAUGAUAGCUCGAUUGCUUCGACCUGAAAGAGAGCAACAACGGAUGCAAGAACAAAUGUACGAGAGCGAUUCUGAUCGUUUCUCUCCGAUUCCCACAAUAAUCCUCGAUGACCGAGCAAAAGCGAACGUUGAUGUGAUUGCGUCAAACAAACUAAGCAUAAACGAAAGCGAUUCAGAGUGCGUAUUAGCGACAGUGAAUAAUCGACUCGUACUGCCGGAGGACAGCAAGCCAAAGCAAAGAACGAUGUCAACAUCGAGACAAAAUCCAAGUGACAUGGACGAAGAAUCAAGCUCUGAGUAUGAAGCUACAAGUGAUCACUCGCGCAUCUGUCUUGUUUGCUUCAGAGAAAAGAGCGUCUCAAACGAUUCGGUCGGGACUGAUGUCGAUUUUCGUCGAACUGUCGAUAAGACUCGAAGAGAUAUUUUGAGACAUACGCAGCGUUUAGCAAAUCCAGUCUUCUCUAGACAUAGUCAACAGACGCUACUUAGGUUAAGACAGCAAUAUCCCAAUAUUUUUCAGGAUGUAUGUAUAUACUCUGAGGUAGCUUCACGUUUGGCAAAUAAUACCUACAGAAUUACUGCGAGGCGUUUUCUUCAGGAAUUAUUCCUAGAUUCUUCUUUUGAUACACUUUAUGAGGAACCUACGACGAUUCUUAAAAUGACUGUGAAUGCACCCGAGGAUAGUCAAUCAUCGCAUGUUCCUAAAACACACGCGGCGGUCGUCGUCAGCCCGUCGCACAAACAGUCAAAGCCUUCGGAGGCAAAAGUCAACGGUAGACUAGCCCUUCCAACGGAUCCACAACCGGAACAUUUAUCCGUGGUCACUGAGGAAACGGCGGCGACGAUGGCUGCCGAGUCUCCAAGUGUCGAAUUCAUCGUCAAUUCGCAAAAAUCGUCGACUGGCGGCGAUAAGCGAUUGCUGGCGGAGCAGCGCCGCAGCGACGAAAAAAUAAUCGCGGAGAUCUUGAAGCCCGAGGAACGGAUGCGAAUCUCUAAGAGUUCUGAUAAGAUGUUGAAAGCGACGGGCAUCAACACUGCCAUCAGCCUUGAGUAGUUACUUCUUUCGAACUUUGAUAAUUGUGUACAUAUUUUAUAAAUCAAAGCGUAGGAAUAUGUGAUUGUAAAAUAAAUCGAGAAAUCACUGCCAAAAUCUUGUUGUUUUCAGUAUGAAAAAAUUGUUUACCUUAACUUCUUAUUCCUCAUCGAGCCUUGAAAUGUUACGUAUUAAGAACAAUCUUUGUGAAAACCAUAUUAGUGAUAAUAAAUGUUUAUUUAAUUAAUACUAAACAUCGUGUAAUUUUUCUUGCAUGUUUACACUAUUGUUUUAAAAAGUCAUGUAUAAUUUGAAAUUGUGUUAAAAAUAAUGUAAUGAACCGACAAGUAAGAGAUGGCGAAGGCAUCGCUGAAUUGAGUAUAGUAUGGUCCAGUUUGUAACUAAAAUGAUAAACUGAUACGGUAAAAGCUAUAGUAUGAAAUCUUUGCUCGGCCUUGAUUUGACGCCAGCUGUUGAUAAAUAUCGCAGUCAGUACAAGGUAUAUACGCUACAGAUAACCAUUGUGACUAGUUAUUUUACUAAAAUUCAGAUCUUAUUGAAAUAGAAUCGAGAGAAAUCAACAAGUUUUUGAAAUUAGUAGCAGCAGGUAGUAGAAAAGGUGUGUCGCUAUGGUUCGUGCCAAAAAGUAUGUGUUCAGAAAAUAUUUCUUAGGAGAACCAAAAGCAAGCGAUUUUUCGCUGGAGGAAGAAGAUUUACCUGAUAUCAAGGAUGGAGAAUUCCUCGUCGAAGCCGAAUAUCUCUCUGUGGAUCCAUACAUGCGUAAAGUCUCGUCCAGCCUACCUUUGGGCACGACGAUGUUGGGCAGCCAAGUGGCACGAAUCGUCGAAUCGCGCAAUCCAGAUUACUCCGUGGGUAAGCACAUAGUCGGCUACAUGGGCUGGAGAACGCACACAAUUAUGCACCCGGAUAAUUUCGAGGCUCAUUCAUUCCUUGGCAGGCUACCUUAUCUCAUGCCGGACUUAGGCGAUCUGCCGGUAUCUGUGUCACUUGGAGUUUUGGGACAACCAGGAUUGACAGCUUACUUCGGAUUAACAGAGAUUUGCAAACCUAAAAAGGGCGAUACAAUCGUAGUCAGUGGAGCAGCUGGUGCAGUUGGUUCCCUCGUCGGUCAAAUGGCCAAAUUAUACGGUUGCAGAACCAUUGGCAUUGCUGGUUCUACUGCCAAGUGCGUUUGGCUUAUAACCGAACUUGGUUUCGAUGCAACGAUCAACUACAAAGAAGACGAUCUUUUCGAAAAAUUGAAGGAUGUUGCUCCGAUGGGUGUUGACAUCUACUUCGACAAUGUGGGCGGAGAAAUUUCCAGUGCGGUAAUAUAUCAAAUGAAUACUUUCGGCCGAGUGGCCGUCUGUGGCAGCAUAUCCUCGUACAAUCACCCAGAUCCGAAAAAUCUACCGAAGUGUACAAUUAUUCAACCUCCGAUUGUAUCAAAGCAGCUGUCCAUCCAGGGAUUUCUGGUCGCGCGAUGGAAGGACCGCAAGGACGAGGGUUUGGAAAACAUCUGCAAGUGGUUACGAGAAGGAAAACUCAAACACAAGGAGUCUGUCACAGAGGGUUUUGAGAAUAUGUUUGAAGCAUUUAGGGGUAUGCUUAAGGGAGAUAAUUUUGGCAAAGCGAUUGUCAGGAUUAAACACUAAACGAUAACUUGACACACGUUAAUAUAUUUGAUUUACAUAUUAUCAUAAAGUAUAUUUUUUAUAUCUCGAAAAAGUGCCUGGCAAUAUUAUAUAAUAUAAUCUUGUUAUAUAGCCGUAUGUAAGACUGUAUAUAUAAUACAUAUAGAGUUGUUAAAAAAACUCACUUUAAUAAAAUGCGGUGCACAUA